CCCCCCAAAAUAACACAUUUGCAACAACACCAAUCAUUUCUUCCCAAUUAAACGAAUCCAGGUACUUAAAGUUGAUCUGCAAGAAAGGAGGGGGUGGUAAAAAAGAAGCUAGGCACUUUUGUGCAGCGUUUGGAGAUGUGAGGAGGGAAAGGCGGAAGUUUGAUGCUUUAAUUAUUUAGGAAAAUAUAUAUAAAAGAGGCAGACAGAUGUGAGGCGGGUCCACGUGUGGGGUUUUUUUUUUCAGACACACAGAGAUCUAUUGUUCAGAUCAAUAAAAAGGGCAGUCUGAGUGGAAAUAAAAAGAGACAAAUCUUUGGAUUUAAAACCCGACAGAGAGAGAGAAAGAAAGUAAAGGGGAAAAACAAAAAAGAAAGAAUUACAAUUUGCGACUUUCAAUCAAGUUGGUGGAUAUUUAACCACUUGGAGAAAGAGUUUGUUUUGUGGAGGGGGGGGAGAGGAAGAACGGUUCAUCUAGGAACGAUUUUUCUGUUGCCGGAAAAGAAUUGAGGGUUUAAUUUAAUUUUGUUGUGUUGUGUGUUGAGCCCGUUCCGCCGCCACCGCCGCCGCCUGAGACAAAGAUGCCUCGCAAGAAGGUGGAGAAGAAGAAAUUAAAGGGUGGAAGGAAGAGGGAGAGAGACUUCAGCGACGAGGAGGACGUGGAGCUGGAGAACUCGGGCAAGAAGCUGGGCAAGCCGGCGCUGCAGACCGUCACCGAGCCCGACGAGACCAAGGAGAAAAUAAAACUAGAAGGAUCCAAGUACAAAGGACAGCUGCUUAUCUGUGGAGCCACAAACUGGGACUUGAUUGGUCGUAAGGAAGUUCCUAAGCAACAAGUGGCUUACCGCAACUUGGGGCAGAACCUGUGGGGGCCAAAUCGUUAUGGCUGCCUCUCGGGGGUACGUGUGCGGACAGUGUCGUCGGGCGCGUGUGCUGCCCACAACCUCAUCAUUACCACAGAGGGCACCAUCUGGAGCUGGGGCCGUGGUGAAAAAGGACAGCUAGGACAUGGCGACACCAAGCGCGGAGAAGUCCCCAAACUUAUUGAAGCUCUCAAAGAUCAUACAAUCGUCGCGGGAGCUUGCGGGCGUAACCACAGUCUCUGUUUAACAGAAAAUGGAACAGUUUUUGCCUUUGGUGAGAACAAAAUGGGACAACUUGGCCUUGGAAACCAGACUGAAGCAGAGCCCUGCCCUGCACAGAUCAUGUACAAUGGCCAGCCAAUUGUGAAAAUAGCCUGUGGUGCAGAAUUCAGUAUGAUCGCUGACUGCAAAGGAAACCUCUAUUCCUUUGGCCACCCAGAGUAUGGACAGCUUGGUCACAACUCUGAUGGCAAGUUCAUUGCCAGGGCGCAGAGAAUUGAGUUUGACUGUGAGGUGGUGCCGCGACGGGUAGCCAUCUUCCUGGAGAAGACAAAAGAUGGUCAAAUCCUGCCGGUGCCGAAUGUUGUGGUCCGUGAGGUGGCCUGUGGAGCAAACCAUACGAUUGCUCUUGACUCCCAGAAGAGGGUGUUCACUUGGGGCUUUGGAGGAUAUGGUCGCCUCGGGCACUCUGAGCAGAAGGAUGAGAUGGUCCCUCGUCUGGUUAAACUCUUUGACUUCCCUGGCCGUGGAGCUGUGCGGAUCUGCGCUGGAAACACCUGCUCGUUUGCAGUCAAUGAGAUGGGUGGCUUAUUCUUCUGGGGUGCAACCAACACCUCUCGUGAUUCCACAAUGUACCCCAAAGUGGUGCAGGACCUGUGUGGGUGGAAGGUUCGAAGCCUUUCCAGUGGAAAAAGCAGCAUAAUUGUUGCAGCUGAUGAGAGCACAAUCAGCUGGGGACCAUCACCAACCUUUGGAGAACUGGGCUAUGGUGACAACAAGCCCAAGUCUUCCACCACUGCACAGGAGAUAAAGACCUUGGAUGGUGUUUACAUUGAGCAGGUUGCCAUGGGCCAUGCACAUUCGCUGAUGAUAGCAAGAGAUGAAAGUGAUACAGAGAAAGAGAGGAUUAAGAAGUUGCCUGAAUAUAACCCGCGGAUUAUCUGACGUAGCCUUGAGCAGCCACACAUGAAAGCUUCACUUGAACAAAGGCAGCUGGAGUUUACAGUGCACUGGUCAAUGAGAUAAAUAUCCACACUGAACAGCAAGCCAGGCAAUGGACCACAUCUUACAAAGAGAUUUUCCAAUUCCUGCAAAAAUGUUAGUGCUACUUACAUAAUGACAAUUUCAAACGCAGCUGUGUAGUGUUUCCAGAGCAACUGAUUUAACAAUGUAUGCAGAUAGUUAAUUUUUCUUGUGUUCUUUGGCCAGUGUGUUGCCAUUGGCUUGGGUAACGGCCAAUUUCUAUUGAUAUGUUGCAACUUCUUGUAUUUUCUUUUAACCCAGGUUUGACUCUUAUAAUUGGCCAGCAGAGUGGUGUAAACUAGCUGAAACAUUUGGAACUGUGACCUUCAAUUGGCUGCACUAAGCAUCAAGCUGGCAACUUGCAUUUCCACUUUAUUUUUAAAUGGGAGCUGGCUGGCGAUGUAUUUGUCUUCUGCUAACUUUCUUCCUCCUAAUUACUUGUGAUGGGUAGAGGGAUUUAUCACCCAUUCGGUUAAUUAUAGUCUUAAAAAUGCGAGGCCCUGCUAUCUGAUAGGAUAGGCCUGGGUGGUUGAGUUGAGAGUGUGGGUGUGAAAGGCACUUCUGGCUCUGCCCUUGGAGCUUUGGAGUAGCUGUGCUCCAGUGAAGGCCCUAGUCUCUGAAACCCACCUGCUCUCGUGAUCAACUGCGCUUGGUUGAGUCUGUAGAAAAGGGCUUGCAUUCCACACUUCUCCCUGCUACACUUGGGCUUCUGUUUUCAUUGACACCAUGUGUUGCUGUUGAAUACAGGAGCUCCACAUACUGGCUGCCAACAACACAUCUUGUGAACCUGCCUUAUUGUUCCCAUCUCUGGCAAUACAUUGCCAAUAAAAUUAAUCAAUCAAACUUUGCUGAUUUGCUUAGUACGACACUGAGUAAAAUCAUCAUUUUGCUUUCAAUCCCUCAUCUAUUUGAUGGUUUGGUUCCGUUCUAUACGUCUGAUAAGCUAAUGGUACAGAUUGUUUUUUUCUAACCAAACCCAUUCCCCCAGAAGAUCAAUGAGAUAUCUAGGUCAAAUCUUUAUCAACAAAUCCCCCUACCAUAUUGGAUAUUUUUGUUUGAAGUAAUUGUAGUUUAUUUGAGACUUUUCAGUCUCUCAUUUUAUAUACGCCAGGAUUUAAUCAGUGGGUUUUUUUUCCUCUUGGGGAACGGUGUGAAAUUGACACGAGAGCCAGUAAGAAUUGGAAGAUCCCAAGGGAAGUGAAGGAAGGAAACUGCCUUAGAUAAAGAGGAAAUGUGGUCCCAUUUCUAUUGAGUACCAGUGGCUUAGCAACUGUUCAUUAUCUGAUAUCCUUGCUAUCCCGACAAGCAGUUUGUAAAAGGUGAUUUUAUUAGGUGCAGAACAACUUGUUCAACUCGAGGCUGUUUUGAGAAUGUAUUUGUAUUCUCUGAAUUCAGCCUCCACCUUAACGGCAACUCUUAUGUGGACAUGUUUUGUAGCAUAAACAUGUUGACUUUCUUGUAGCAUUAGUCAGCAAAAUCUUCCUUUUUACAAUUUGCAUGCUGCAGUCUCAUUCCUUUGUUCCAGAUUCCAAUGUCCUCGUUUUAUUAGCGGAAGUUCUCGUCCAUUAACAAACUGAUAGACCUCAUAGAGAAACUCUGAAAGGCUUUCUCAUUUCUCUCUAAUUGCCCGAGACUGUUCCCUGUUGGCAUCUCUUCCAUUGCUUUGUAGCCUGACCAGCUGUGAUGUGUGCAAUAUUGAUGGUUUCUCAGCAAUGCCAGUGCAUUCUCGAUACAGAACGACCACAGAUGAAAAAGGAUGUUGCUGAACUCUCGUCGGGAGUUUUCUCUCUCCGGCCACAGAUGAAAUCUUUAGUGACGUGACUGUCUUGCUUGUGUCCAUCAGAAAACCAGCAGGUUGAAUCUACCUGUACAGAACAGUGACCCUGGGAUUCUAAGUCUGGCUCUGGUUUUCAUCUUUGAACAGGAGAAACAGUAUCUCCCCAUAAACCAUUUGCAAGAGGAGGUGCAGGAAAUAUGGGAUUACUGCACAAGAUCCCCCCCCCCCCCCCCCCCCCCCCCAUCAUUUAGUUUGGUCUCUGGAAAUAUGGGAUUACUGCACAAGAUCCCCCCCCCCCCCCCCCAUCAUCAUUUAGUUUGGUCUCUGGAAAUAUGGGAUUACUGCACAAGAUUCCCCCCCCCCCCCCACCAUCAUUUAGUUUGGUCUCUGCAGAACCAAAAAAUCUGAAAUAUCCCUAUUUGUUAACCUUGUAACCCUUAAAAUAAAUGUUUGCUGAUUUUCAAAUUCUGAUGCCCAAGAUGAAUGUGCUACAAGAACCUUUAAUGAUUUGGUUAUCAGUCUAUAAGCAGAGCUGGCAAGCUGAAGGAUUUGGAUGUGAUUGAACCAAGAUAUUUUUACACUCGUGGUUCAACUGAUCCACAACUAGGUGGGGAUAUGGUGACCACGCUCCACGAUGCCGCUGGGGUAUCGAUCAAUGGUGGACCUUCGCUCUGAGAUAUGGCCAGAGGGGCCGGUGCUGCCGUCUUGUUGCUGGUUUGAUUUCUUGCGUCACCUUUUGAGUGUGCUUCAACUCGCCUACUCGCCUUCACGAAGCUGAAAAUUGGCUGCCUCUUAACAAAGGUUAAACUGACACCAAUGUGAAAGUUGUGCUGAAACAAUCGCUUAUUUAAGUCUGAUGUAGAAUGCAUCGGUUUACAAGUUUCCCAAUUUUCAGCCUUUGCAGGAGUGGAACAAAAUUCUGCUCUGAUAUUGUCAAUUCCUAAUCAUUUAUGAAUAUUUAAUUUGCUCCCCUCUGUUGACUUGCUGGCUAUUUUGCCUGCCUUCCUGCUGGUCUGCUUGACUUUAACUGUUCCUGCCUUGGGCUUGUGAGGCUGUACUAAGUCACCAUGUUGAACGUUGCUAGUGCUGUAAUGGAAUUCAUGUGCUUUUAUACUGAUCCUUUUUCUACAGUGGGACUUGACGUCCUUGUGUGGCUCUGUUACAUUCACAUCUUCCUGUAGCAGCCAAUGUUAAAUAUCCAAGAUGGGAAAACAUGAAAAGUUGACCCACAUUUUACACUCUUUUUCCCUCUCUUCUGGUUUUGAAGGUCCAUGCUUUGUAGAAUUGUACUGCAGAAUUUUGCAGGUGCAGGGUGCAGAGACAGUGUAAUGCACCUGUAGCUGUGAGUAUGCACUCUUAUCUGUAAGUGUUGCAUGGUAUCCCACCAGAUGAUCUCAAAAAUAAAGUAACUUGAUUAACUUUUGGAGUUGCUGCUAUCUUUCAAUAAUGCUGAGCUGGCUGGAAUUUGGGUAUAAAAUGAUCAGACUUGGUACAAGAUAACGGCAGUGCUGUCCUUGAGCCUGGUUUGGUCUUUUGAAAACAUAUUUCUCCUUUAGGGGUAAAAGGCAAGUUCUUGUUGCAGUUCAGUGUCUUGUAGGCCAAUGGCCUGUAAUCAACUGCAGUUGCUAUUACUGAACACAAGUAUUUGUCGUGCUUGGUCAGGUCUUUUCCAGUUGUCCACUCCAGCCACCUACUACCUGAUUGUGUCCUUUUUAAAUUCUGAUACUGUAAAUGGAAGUCCUGCUGGACUUUAAACGCAUUGGACAUUUGAAAUUGACUAGUCAACUUGGGAAAGGUAAAGUUCAGGUAAAGUAACAAGUCAAUCAUCUUACUUUUAAAAAGACAGUUGUGGGGUAAGGAAUGGUGUGCAAGACUUGAAGCUAUGGUGGUUCAGACUCUUCCCAUUAAAGAUCACAUUUGCACAAAAAAACUAUUUCCUUUUUUGUGGGGGGGGGAGGAAGAUAACGAAUUCUAGGAGCAAUGAGGGCUGGAAUGUUUCUAUCUUCUCCAACUAAGCUCCCCGGGGAGAACGAUUGUGACUUCAUUCUGCAACUGUUAUGCUGAGAGGAAACGAUUUCACUGCAGACAUUAAAACCAUCUCUGUGUCGAUGUGCUCCUUGCCAUCUCCAAAAUAAUAAAGUAAUUGAACAUCUAUGAAAUCUUUGACAUUUUCCAAGUACAGGUGAACUAUCGGCUUGUUUAGCAAGAUGGAUAGGGAGAGGGCUUCUCCUCAUGCUGGUUAAUAGCGACUGGUUUAGGCAUUAUUAGGUUUAGAAAGUGAUUUUUGUAGCUAAUUAGUUACCUGUUCAGUGCUGUAAACCUUUUUUUCUUUUUUUAACUUUUGUAUUUCCUGCAAUAAAUGGAAUAAAUUCUUGGCUUGUGUGUC